CGAAGCUUCGAAGGUGACUGAGGUUGCUCCAUUACACUCAAAUCCAGAAGCCAGAGAGCUGGAAAUUUAAAGUGAAUCGGGUUCAUAUUCUUAUGGUAUGAUGCGAGAUUGAAUAUUUGCACAACAAGACAAAAUUCACUGGCCGGGAAGUUCAACUUCAUGCUUUGGAAUACCCGCCGACAUUUGUUGCUUGUUCCGCUUUUCAUUGUCGUUGAAUGGUUUGUUUGGAUUAGAUUACCUAACUUGUAGAUUUGGGAAGUUUUUCUCUUAUGCAUGUUUCGUACUCCUUAGUUCUAUUGUAUAACCAAUUUGGUAAUUCUUGAUUUUUUUUUUCUUUUUUUUUUCGAUGUGAUGUGAUUGGUGGGGUUGAUCGUUUUAGUUAGAAUUUGAUGUUUUGGAGGAUUGUGGUUGUUUGGGUGCAAAAAUUUUCUUAUAAAGGCCGAAGCUUGGAUGAGAUUUUCAACUAAGAUUUGUGGGUAUUCAAGAUCUUUAGUUGAUAGCUCCCACCAUUUGUACUUGCCUUUGUCAGUGUCAUUUGGAUCAAAGAUGUCUGGAACCAGUGAAGCAUAUUCAAACGGUUCUCUCCAAAAUGUAAACGGUGGUUUAGAAGAGAAGCUUGAUGAGCUUCGUCAGCUAAUGGGGAAAGUGGAUGGUGAUCCAUUGAGAAUAGUUGGUGUUGGAGCUGGUGCUUGGGGUAGUGUAUUUACAGCUAUGUUGCAAGAGGCUUAUGGUGGUUUAAGAGAAAAGGUUCUAAUUAGGAUAUGGAGAAGACCUGGCAGAACUGUUGAUAGGGCCACUGCUAAGCACUUAUUUGAGGUUAUCAAUUCAAGGGAAGAUGUACUGAGGAGGCUGAUUAGGCGAUGUGCAUAUUUGAAAUAUGUUGAGGGAAGAUUAGGUGAUCGGGUCCUUCAUGCAGAUGAGAUUUUGAAAGAUGGGUUUUGCUUGAAUAUGAUUGAUACCCCUCUUUGCCCUCUUAAGGUUGUGACAAACUUGCAGGAGGCUGUUUGGGAUGCUGACAUUGUUAUUAAUGGUUUGCCAUCAACAGAAACCCGUGAGGUAUUCGAGGAAAUUAGCAAGUACUGGAAAGAGAGAAUCACAGUUCCUGUCAUUAUUUCCUUGGCAAAGGGUGUGGAGGCUGAAUUGGGUCCUGAGCCGCGAAUAAUAACUCCCACUCUAAUGAUCAAUCGAGCGACUGGAGUCCCCAUUGAGAACAUACUUUAUCUUGGAGGUCCUAACAUUGCCUCGGAGAUUUACAACAAGGAAUAUGCAAAUGCUCGGAUAUGUGGAGCAGAAAAAUGGAGGAAACCAUUGGCAAAGUUUUUGAGACAGACCCACUUUAUAGUGUGGGAUAAUGGUGACCUUGUUACUCAUGAAGUUAUGGGUGGUUUAAAGAAUGUAUAUGCUAUUGGAGCAGGAAUGGUUGCUGCUUUAACAAAUGAAAGUGCCACCAGCAAAUCAGUGUACUUUGCUCACUGUACAUCAGAGAUGAUUUUUAUCACUCAUCUAUUGGCAGAAGAACCAGAGAAACUUGCAGGGCCUCUCUUGGCUGAUACUUAUGUAACCUUGUUGAAAGGUCGUAAUGCGUGGUAUGGACAAAAUUUGGCCAAAGGGGAAUUGAACCUUGAAAUGGGUGACAGCAUCAAGGGCAAGGGAAUGAUUCAGGGAGUAUCUGCAGUUAAAGCUUUCUAUGAGCUACUUAGUCAGUCCAGCUUAAAUGUCCUAAAUCCUGAAGAAAACAAGCUUGUGGCCCCAGUGGAGCUUUGUCCUAUCUUGAAGAUGUUAUAUAAAAUACUAAUAAUUAGGGAAUGUCCAGUACAGGCCAUUCUUCAAGCAUUGCGAGAUGAGACCAUGAAUGAUCCACGUGACCGCAUUGAGAUUGCUCAAAGUCAUGUAUUUUACAGGCCAUCUCUUCUUGGUCAGCAACCAUAGAAUCCUAGUCUCGUAUGGGUUUGGCAGUUUAAUUUUGAGAAUUGGUGAAUGUAAAUCUCAGUAUCUUUGUGCUGCUCCA